AUGUUCGCCAGAGCGGCUCUGCUUGUGGCCCUGGGCCUCCAGCCAGCGGCAGGUGACUGCCCAUCGUGGGGAAAGCCCUUUCCAAGCAACUUGGCGGGAUUGGACAAGAUCAGCUUCGCCAAUUUGUACGACGUGACCUACUACGACCAGUACAAGGUGAUCGAGUACUCUGCCACUUUGGCGCAGUACCAUCCAUCGUGGCAUCCGGAAGCAUCGCUGAGGGGUACCAGGGUGCCCCCCAUGGUUCUCUACCAGUGUGGCACCACGAAGCCUACCACAAGCAUGCCUGGCGUACCUUCGGACGCCCGCUUCUUCGAGAUUCCGGUGAAGAACGCAACGGUUGGAUGGGGUGGCCCUCUUGCCUUCAUUGAAUUGCUUGGGGUGUCGCAGUCGAUCGACAUGGUCGACAUACGCACAAUCUCGUCCCCCUGCAUGCAGCUGUUGGAGGUCUGCUAUCCCGAAACCCAUAUCCCAACGAGCCUUCCUGAUUGGUCGGCCAACCCCGAGUGGACCAACCGGGCAGGCCGCACGGACGUGGUGUUCACGGACGCCUCCGGCACAGGUUGGGGCGGCGACGCCACGAAGGAUGUCCCCUUCUUGGUCUCCCUCGACCCCGGCAGCCUCAGCCGUGCCGAGUGGAUCAAGUUCAUGGCCCUCUUCUACAACGAGGAAGCGCAGGCUGAGCAUAUCUUCGAGCAGGUCAAGGCGGACUACAACGCUCUUAAAGCCGUCGGGGACCAGCUCCGCACCGAUGCCAGCACCGAGUACAACGGGGCGCAGCCGAAGGUGAUAUUUGUGAACAGUGGAACCACAAACACAGUCGCCAACGCGGCCUACAAGACCCAGCUCAUCACGGACGCGGGUGCCCAGGUGGUUCCCUUGCCGGCUGUGGCCCCGGCUGGGUGCACCUUUUCCACCAACACUGACGGCACGAAGACGAUGAGGUGUGACAUCCCGGCUGGUGAUGCAGCCUUCACGAGCUUCCUGGCCGAAGCGGAUGUCAUCAUCGACGAGUCCUCCUUGUGGCCCGACUACGACCCAGCAAAAUACCGAGGUUUCGCCACGAUCUACAACGUCACCGCCGAUCAGGUUCCGGCUCUCGCGCGAAACCCGCCGAACAUCUUCCGCCUUGAUGGGCAGGUCAGUGAUGCAUUCGGGGAUGGGAACAGUCAGGGAAUGAGUUGGCUCGACAUCCAGCAGUCAGAGCCGCAGCAAGCCCUUGCGGGCCUAAUGGAGGCGAUCUGGGAUAGGGACUUCACCAGCACCUGCGGGCAGAAGUACUUGUGGCGGGUUUCGAAUCCCAGCGCCCAGAAUGUGGUCGGUCACCAGGGCUGCCCCCUCUACAGCGCCCAGGGCCAGAACGACUGCCAGUCUCUGCACGGCCGCCUUCACGUCCCUCCUAUGUGCAGCGCUGGGAAUGUGUUCGAGCCUCUGGAGACGACCACAGUAGCAUCGCAGGAGGCAAGUGUUGCUUGCAGAGUGGGAGCUGCGCUCUCUCUCGCUGCGGUUCUCGUGCCCUUCUGGGCCUAA